AGAGAGAGAGAGAGAGAGAGAGAAAGAGAAAGAGUAAAACUCACUGGACAGGAACUUGGGGGAGAGAAUCUGAUAAACUUUUGAGAAAGCAGCUGCUUUUAUGUGGAAAAGGAAACAGUAGGGUCAGGUUGGGCUCUCUGGGGUUUUCCUACUUGCAGAAAUCUCUUCCACCAAGAGAUUGAACAGUGGAGAUCAUGAACAACUUGACCGCAGCUCCACCAUCAAAAGAUUCAUCAAAGCCCACAUGGGUCCUUCCCUACCAGACCCCAAACCUCGGGGAGCUCUACACGCUAGGCCGGAAGCUCGGGCAGGGCCAGUUCGGCACGACAUUCCUCUGCACGGACAAGUCAACAGGCCACAACUACGCCUGCAAGUCAAUCCCAAAGCGGAAGCUCCUCUACCCGGAGGACUACGACGACGUUUUGAGGGAGAUUCAGAUAAUGCACCACUUGUCUGAGCACCCACACGUGGUGAGGAUCCGUGGCACGUUUGAGGACUCUGUGGCUGUGCACUUGGUGAUGGAGCUGUGCGAGGGUGGGGAGCUCUUCGACAGGAUAGUGAAGAAGGGUCAUUACAGUGAGAGAGAGGCUGCCAAGUUGUUGAAGACCAUUCUUGGGGUUGUGGAGGCUUGUCAUUCUCUUGGGGUUAUGCAUAGAGACCUUAAGCCUGAGAACUUCUUGUUUAGUAGCGUGGAGGAGGAUGCUGCUCUUAAAACCACUGAUUUUGGGCUCUCUGUCUUCUACAAGCCAGGUCAAACCUUCUGUGAUGUUGUUGGGAGUCCAUACUAUGUUGCACCAGAGGUGCUGUGUAAGAAUUAUGGACCUGAAGCGGAUGUAUGGAGUGCCGGAAUUAUAUUAUACAUCUUGUUAAGCGGGGUGCCACCUUUUUGGGCUGAAUCUGAAAAGGGGAUCUUCCGAGAGAUUUUACAAGGUAAACUGGAUUUUCAGUCUGAACCAUGGCCUGGCAUCUCCGAAAGUGCCAAGGAUCUCAUCCGAAAAAUGCUUGAUCGGAAUCCAAAGAAAAGGCUAACAGCUCAUGAAGUCCUUUGCCACCCGUGGAUUGUAGAUGACAUUGCUCCGGAUAAACCUCUUGAUUCUGCAGUGCUGUCACGCCUAAAGCAGUUCUCUGCAAUGAACAAACUUAAGAAGAUGGCAUUGCGUGUCAUAGCUGAGAGGCUUUCUGAAGAAGAAAUCGGUGGUUUGAAAGAGUUGUUCAAAAUGAUAGACACAGACAACAGUGGAACAAUAACAUAUGAUGAACUAAAAGACGGAUUAAAGAGAGUGGGCUCUGAACUUAUGGAGUCUGAGAUCAAGGAUCUUAUGGAUGCAGCAGAUAUUGACAACAGUGGAACAAUCGACUAUGGUGAAUUUCUUGCUGCCACUUUGCACUUGAAUAAGCUGGAGAGAGAAGAGAAUCUAAUGUCAGCCUUCUCCUUUUUCGACAAGGAUGGUAGUGGCUACAUAACCAUUGAUGAACUUCAACAAGCCUGCAAAGAGUUUGGUUUAAGCGAGGUCCACCUAGAUGAUAUGAUUAAAGAAAUUGAUCAAGAUAAUGAUGGACAAAUAGAUUUUGGGGAAUUUGCAGCAAUGAUGAGGAAGGGCAAUGGAGGAAUAGGAAGGAGAACCAUGAGAAGCAAAUUAAACUUGGGAGAUGCCCUUGGACUGACCGGCAAUGUGUCCAAUGAACUGAGGUCACCUCAUCUCUCUUCCAUUGUGCGGCAUUUUGGGAAGGAGAAGUAUAUGCCACACCACAUUAUCUUAUUCCCAAGUAUUCAUUUUUUAUAUACGUAGUAGAGGCCAAAUUUAAUGGCUAUAAACCUAUAACUCUUGGAUUGAAAGGACUUUUUAAUAUGUAUAUUAAAGUCUUUGCUUUAUUGAUGUUGAA